CAGAAACACCUAACGUUCAGAAUACUAUUUAGACAGCUGAAAACAAGGCAAGAAAUAAAACAAACAUGCUUUUAAGAGUAAAAGACAAAAACCUUUCUCAGUAACAUUUGUGUCUAUUUCAGAAAGCCCCUUAUCUCUUAAUAGGACAGUUAUAAUGGGGUUUUCAUUGUCGGAAAUGUACAAAAUUAAAUCCAUUCUUCUUGGUCCUUUAUUCCUGUAGCCCUGAACUCCUCUAUCAUCUGUCUAAAAGAGUUUUGUUUUCUCUUUUGUUUAUAUUUCCCAUGAUGUAUGAAGCAACCCUUUUGUAGAAACAAUGCAGCAUGAGCUAAUGUAUUCAUGAUCCCCAGCAUCACUGUGUUUUCUUUGUGUUACGUCCUUCAAGAAAAAAGAGGUUUUCCUCCCACAGGACACAGUCCAGCUUACAGUAUUGGACACCACAGUCAGAAACAGUGCCAGUCUUAAGUGUAGUUCAAAGGAAAUUCUUUUAAAUAUCUUUACCAGCAUCAUCCUAUUUAUUUGUCUGUCUCUUCAGCAAUCUGUAUAAGCGCAGCCAGGAGGCGAGGGCAGAGCCAGCGCGGGAAUGCAGUGGUGGCAGCGGGCCCCGGCGAGGCGGCGGCGCUGGGCGCUGCUGCUCGGGCCGCUGGCGCUGCUCGCCGCCGCCCUGGCGCUGCGCGGAACCGCCCGCCCCGACCCCGCCGACCACUCCCGCCUCUACCGGGCGCUGGAGCUCUCCCCCAGCCGCAGCAUCAACUGCUCGGGGGUCGUCCGCGGAGACCAGACAGCCAUCCAGGAGGCGCAGCUCAACAAUCUGGAAGUGGCGAACAGAAGGGCUUCACCGACGCCCGGCGAGUACCUGAACAUUACGAGGGACUGCAGAGCCUUCAAGGAGACCCGGCGCUACAUCGAGUUCCCGCUCAGCCAGGAGGAGGAGGAGUUCCCCAUCGCCUACUCCAUGAUCAUCCACCACAAAAUCGACAUGUUUGAACGGCUCCUGCGGUCCGUUUACGCCCCCCAGAAUGUUUACUGCGUCCAUGUGGACAGCAAAUCCCCGGCCGCCUUCCAGGAGGCCGUGAGGGCCAUUGCUGCCUGCUUCCCCAAUGUCUUCGUGGCCAGCCGCCUGGAAAGCGUGGUCUAUGCCUCCUGGUCUCGGGUGCAGGCCGAUCUCAACUGCAUGCAGGACCUCCUGCAGAGCCCCGUGCCAUGGCGCUACCUCAUCAACACCUGUGGCACCGACUUCCCCAUCAAGACCAACGCCGAGAUAGUCCGGGCGCUGCAGCUGCUGCGGGGCCAGAACACCAUGGAGUCGGAGAGGCCCUCGGCCGCCAAGCAGCAGCGCUGGCAGUAUCACCACGAGGUGGGAGAGACCAUCUCUCGCACUUCCCAGAAGAAACUGCCCCCACCCCACAGCUACCCCAUGUUCACGGGCAGCGCGUACAACGCCGUCACACGGGACUUCGUGCAGUACGUCUUCGAGAACCCCACAGCACAAAAGUUCCUCGAGUGGUCCAAGGACAGCUACAGCCCUGACGAGUACGUCUGGGCCACCUUGAACCGCAUGCCGGGCGUGCCGGGGGGCACGCCCAUCAGCGACAAGUUCCAGCUCUCGGACAUGAACGCCCUUCCCCGACUAGUCAAGUGGCAGUACCUGGAGGGGGACAUCAGCAAGGGCGCGCCCUACCCGCCCUGCACCGGCCGCCACCAGCGCUCUAUCUGCAUAUACGGGGUGGGCGACGUGCCCUGGAUGCUGCAGCAACACCAUCUCCUGGCCAACAAGUUCGACCCCGAGGUGGACGAUGCGGCCGUGCAGUGUCUCGAGGAGUACCUGCGCCACAAGGCCCUGUACGGCCGGGGGCUCUGAGGGGGGGCCGCGGAGGCUCUGGCCAGCACCUGCGGCCUUCCGUGGGCGACUCCAGCCGACGGCGCCUCGGGGACAGCACCCCCUGGGCCCUUAGGGGCCCACGCCUCGGUGCGGCCCCGAGGAGAAGCCCCGCGGGCGGGCGCGGGGCUGCGGCCCCGCCGAGGGUCGGACGAAGGGACAGACAGACGGGACGGUCCGGCGGAGAGAAGGGCCGGUGUGGAAGGGCGAGAGGCCCGGCCCUGUCUCGCUCGGCCCCCGUCCUGCUCCGGCCCGCGGGGUCCCCUCACAGGGCGCGGGGGCGCCGCUCUUCCCCAGAGCCGCUGGAGGAGGCGGGCGGGGCGUUGUUCAGCCCCUUCCCGAGUCUAUCGGCAAAGGUGACCCCCGAGCUGCUGCCUGCAGACGAGCAGGCCCGAGUCACGGUGCCCCCAGGUCCGACUAGGGGCAGAGCUGAAACAGCGAUUAAUUUGCUUUUCCACAGAACACCGGGCAGCCGCCGCCCGUUCAGCGCCGCUCAGCUGAACAUCCGGCUGCUGCUUUUGCCUCACUUUAAACUUUGACUCUAUCAAAACUCGUUAAUCGUUAAAAGCCAACCUUCAAUAAAAUCCAAGAUAGUAAAAUACAUAGACCUUCGGUGUUUUAUGUCCUCUGAAGAUAAUGGUUUGUGCUCCUGGCAAAAAAAGCAGGUACCAUUAAACCAGUUAACCCUUUGUGCACCCACUUCUCCAUCUGAAACAUAGGCAAAGGGAUGCACACAAUGGUAUGCAAACCUACAUUUUCUAAAAUCUACAUCUCUCUUCUCAGCCACCCCCCGACACAAAAAAUUUCAAUACUGUAAUUACCACAGCCAGUAAUGGACAAUGAACAAACCAAUCACUUAACACAUUGUUUUUUACAAUUUCUAGUAGCUGAAAGGAAGAUUUGCAAACUUCUGUUUUUCUCAUCUUCUCAUAUUAAAGCUUGUCACUUUCCAUGGAUCCAACAGCUUUUCACUAUCUGUAAUGCCAAGAGAUUAAUGCCGUGGUCUUUAUUUAAAAAUAUAUAUAUUCAAGUAACUUUCUUGUAAGUGAACACUCACCUUUACAAAUUUAAGGUCGAAAGUGGACAAUUAGCAUUAUACAAAGGACAUCUGAAGCAAUUCCAUAACACCAGGCCAUAUUUAGAUGAAGUUAUGACUGCAGUCACACGGAUCUUUGAAACAUUGAUUUAAAUAGGAUGAGAAGAUGAAGUAACUGACUGGAAAAGGUGUGUCACUGCAAUUUUGUUAGGCAUUUUAAAGUGUACUUGGUUGUAAAACAGUGAUUUUUAAAAUGCCAUGGUGAUUUCACACACAACAACAGCAAGUACUGUGAAGAAAAGCUCUCAAACACAAAUAUCCAAUGUAUCAUUGGACAUUUGUUUAUGCAAAAAGAGCAAAUGAAUAGAAUUACUGAUCCUGCAGGGAGCUGUUUCCAACUUAGGUAAGCAGACAUUUGCUAAAGAGAUUAAAGAUUUAUGCCAACCUGAUGGUAUUAUACAAGUAUUUGAAAUGGUUUCAGCAGCAAAUUCAACAUUAAAUAGAAAUUAUCUCCAUGUCUAGUACAUUCUUUUAGAACGAACAAAACUUCUCUGGUGACUUAGGGUAAGAACUCAAAUCUCCCACCACAGAAGACUGCAUCAAACCACUGCAGCCUAACCUGAUUUUGUUUCUUAGAACUCUUUUGCUUACUUUAAAUUAAUACAUAUUAGUUCAAAAUGGCAAACCAGUGCCAAGGGGUUCAUUGGGGGGCUGGGAUACAUUCAGGUUUCUGGACUGAAACACAUGGAGAAGGGUCACCAUGUUUCCAACUGAGGCAAAGUGUUGUCUUUUCCCCUUAGAAAAUGGAGGUGCAUAUUCACGGAGACAAAAAAUCUCCAUACUUAACAGUUCUAAGAAAUUGCAUCAAACCCAAAUCCAUCUAUGGAAUGGAUGUUUGUAAAAACUAAAUAAUUUAUUUCUUAAAGAACAAAGGUGUUUGGGGGGCUGGAAGGAAUCCCAGCUUGAAAUAGUGAAAGAUUAUUGAAUGAGGGGCCCCUCUAGUAUUUUACAAAUAUAUCUGUAGAGAAAGAGACAUACUUAAAAGUUACUUACAGACUUGUCAACAGUAAUUUUUAUCCCCUUUACUUUGUAAAUAUGUUUAACUUCUUCAGCUGUUCCCUCUCUCAGAAACAUGAAGUAUUGCUGGUACACACUGUAGUAACAGUGUUUCAUUUGUUGCCAGACACAAAAAUGUUACAAACGGAGAGGCAGAGACAAGAAUUUACAUUGGGGGCGCAAAGUGCCACUUCCAAUCUGUUCCAUGGUAAGCCUUUUAGCAAAGUCUAAAUAUUUUUUCUUUUAAUGUUACUCACUGCAAUCUUUGCCCUUCCUGGUUAGACCUGAAGACAGAGAAUCUAAGCAUUUAUCCAGAUUUGAAAGAGCUUGACCAUAGAAUAUGAAAGCAUCGAGCAAAGUCAGCAUACCAUAAAGCCAGCUUGGUGCUCAGUACGAGGGACAGCAGUUAUCUAACAACACAGCCUAGGCAGCCCUCCUGGUUCAGAGAUCACUGCUUUGGAUGAAAAUAACUGUUCUGGCAUUAUUACCUGCAGAAGCCAACAACUUGCAAACCUCAACAUCCAAUUUUCUUGAUUCAAAGGAAAUUAACUGUUUUUAAUGGUGUAACUAACCAGAAUUCCUCUCAGAUGAUUUGGUUGCAAAAACAAAGGCUAUCUUGCACAAAUUUAUUUUCAAAUCACUUCUUUUAGUAGUGACCUAAUUUCUUCUGAAAGAAUGAGCCUACUCCCAAAUGCUUAAGGUGAACUAAGACAAAAAGAUUAUUACAGAGGUAUGUUCUCAGCAUAUCCUCUUUCAAAGACAUUAGGAAUGUCAUAUUUAUGAGUGCAGUCAUACAUCAAAGCAGUGAUAUGUCUCUGCCAUUAGAAAUGGCAUCUUAGAAAGUUGGCAACAGAGCACAGAGAAAUCAUGUAACUUGCCGGUUAGUUGCAGAACUGAAAAAAGAAUGAAUUUGGAAUAGAGGAGGACCAGCCCAAAGUAACAGAAUCACAUCAGAUUACAGGACCACCUCCAAAAACAGGUUAAAUCCCAUAUGAAAUUCAUCAGUAAAAUCAUGGGCUGUACAAUUGGAAGUCACAUCAGAAAUAUAAACUUUAUGUAGUAAAAAAUCUACCUCUGACGCUUCUGUCUACAAUUGUUACCUAACGACUUGAACUUUAGAUAAGCCACCACUUGUUUAAGGAGGUAAUAUGCUGCAAACUUACCUUUCAAGAAGUGCAUGAGAGGCAGAUGAAACUAUAAUUCUGAGAUUUAAUACCAGAUUUAUUUUUCUGGUUAAAAUAUGUCUUUAUGUUUUGUUUCCAAGUGGUUUUUACUUUAUUUUUACAAGAACAAUGUGGCUUAUUACAUACUUACACAAUAGGUCC